CCAGCUAACAACGUGAUGUCCUUUCCGAUAGAGCCCACCGUACCAGGUCUCACGACACCCCAGUUGAAUGGAGGAGAGAUUACUGCUGAGGCGAAGACUGCUUCAACAGUGGAGACGAAAACAGAACAGAAGGUUUCUGUUAUGGACAUAGCCCUGAGCUUGGAAAAUUCUUUGAAGGAAGCACUCGACAUGGUUGAUAAGAACGACAAAGAGGUCAACGACAAGCUUGAACUGUUGAACAAGAGGCUUCUUUCAAUAGAGAGUGAAUUGAGACUGACGUGAAUUAGCUUCAACACCCCGCCAAAAGCACACGGCAGAUAUGGCUUCAUAACCAAUCAUACUAUCUGGACAUUAUAUCCUGGCUUAUGUUUAGUGGAAAUGGCCCUAGGUGUGUGGGGGGAAAAAUCGGUCAAUCGGAUAUUGAACUUGGGGUAAGCCCAGUAUGGGCUAGCAAGACGAAAAGAGGAGGUGCAGGAAUUGCACACGUAUCCAAAGAAGGCCUAAUGCCCAAGCAGUGGCCUAGACAGCACUAGUACCCGUUACUGAAGACACACAAUAUAGUAUAUACCGUAAACAUAUAGUAUCACGUGAC